AUGCCUAUGGACAAGCACAUCCGCCGGGGCCACCCCAUUACUUUCGGCCUCAUCAUCCUCUUCGGUCUCUUCGAGCUUGCCCUGUCCGCAUGGCUAACCUCGAUGUUCAACAUGCACCACAACCAGCGCAGUCUGACUGAGCGGGACCGUGUGCGAUUUGCACUCUUCACGUCUUCGUGGACGGUCAUCUUUUCGAGCCUUAUUCUCGUGCUAUUCUGGCACUCGGCGGACGGGUCGAUUCUCACGAGCAUUCUGGUCCAUCUCGUAUUCCUCAGCUUCUCGUGGCUUAUGUGGGCCGCAACCGCAGCAGCCGUGACCGAAAUGCUGGGCGGUGGUCUGAACUGCAAGAUCCAGACAUCGUAUGUCUACUGCAACCAGCUCAAUGCCCUCGAGGCUUUUGCCUGGAUCGAGUUCAUCCUUGUGACGUUUGCUGUCGUCUUUGUUCUUGUCCGUGGCAUUAUUUCUGCGCGUCGCGGAGAUGGCUACCGAGGAGGUCUAGUCUAA